UUUGCCUACGUUAUUAACAUUGAUUUAUUAGUAAGUAAAAUUUAUUACUUUUUCUUCUGGGGAGCUAUUGGUUGUGUAUUGCCAUUUUUAGGCAUCUACUAUAAACAACUUGGGCUAUCGCCACUGCAAUGCGGCUUAUUAAUAGGAAUUAGACCUUUUAUCGACACUUUUGGUGCGCUAAUUUGGUCACGUCUUGCACAUAAAAAACCAAUUAAUCAGAUUGCUCUGGUGGUCUCUAUCUUAGCAUGGGCUGCUGUCACAUUUUCAAUAUCGUUUAUUCUUCCAAUGAGCAAUUCUUGUACUACAACAGACGAAUUGCAACCCAAAUCCAACCUUACAACUGUAAGCGUUAACACAAUUACUUUUUCUUCAGUUGGAACAAAUGUCAUGGAAAAUUAUCGUAAUUCUACAAUUCUCCUAAAUCAAACCAAUGAUCAGUCUAUUCCUACACUGGAUGAUAAAUUAGUCAGCGGCAAUAAUGACCAUUAUCCCAUUAUUGAAUCAACAUCAUCAUCGAGUAAUCAUGCUAAUCCAGAUCAACAUUCCAGCAAUGUUCAUAGAAGGGAAGAAAAAGAUAAACCCCAAAUUAGCUUAAUAUCGUUUGGCUAUUGGCCACAACCAAAACUAUUUCUCUCUUUAAUGUUAAUAUGUUGUAUAGGUCAAAUUCUUGCUUCUCCAGCACAAACACUAUCUGAUAUCGCAACAUUAGCUUACCUUGGUCAGUCAGUCGACAAAUUUGGAUUGCAGCGGUUAUGGGGAAAUCUAGGUUGGAGUUUAUCCACAUUAUUAAUUAGUGUUUUAUUAGAAGACAACUUUUACUUAUUACCGUGGUGUAAUCCAUCUACAUUAGGGCGAAAUUAUCAACUUUGCUUUUACUCAUUCUUGAUUAUGAUGAUUUUAGCCGCUAUUACUGCUAGCCAAUUUAAAUUUAAAUUAAACAAUGCAUCAGUAGAUACCUAUGCUUUACAUUUAGUCGAUGAAAAUAUGGCAUUUCUAUAUGAGCAUCAAGCUAGACCUUCAGGAUUAUUCCAGUUCUUAACCACUGUGAGGAUAAUAUCGUUUUUCAUCAUCUUAUGGUUCCUUGGUUGUUGCUAUGGGGUGCUAUUUACCUUCCUAUAUUGGUAUUUAGAAGACUAUGGUGGUACACCGUUAUUAUUCGGCAUUGCAACAUUAGUAAACCAAAAUUCUGAAUUAAUAGGUUAUUUUCUAUCUGAUCGACUAAUUUGUACUAUGGGCCCAAUUCGUCUAAUCUAUAUUGCAUUAAUAGCUAAUGCUGCUCGCUUUAUUUACAUCUCAUUUGUAAAGCAAGCAUGGUUAAUACUGCCAGUUGAAAUAUUGCAAGGUUUAACACAUGCCCUCGUUUGGUCUGCUAGCAUAUCAUAUGUCUAUAACUUAAUCCCUCAGCACCAAUUUCCAAAAGCAAUUGGCAUAUUGCAAAGCAUAUAUCAUGGCUUCGGUAUGGCAAGUGGUGCAUUUCUAGCUGGUCUGCUAAUCCAUUACUAUGAUACAGCUCUAGUAUUUCGUGUCUAUGGGAUAAUUUCGAUU